AUGUCCGAUAAAAGUUCUCGAUUCCCUUCGAUAUCUUCUGAUAACACAACAUGCUACCCCAAAGAGGUAUCAAUCACACUAACUAUCCUGUCCAAACCGGACGAACAUCCUCCUAUCGUCAGUAUCAGCCCAUAUCCUCCUGUACCUGUGGAUCGAGAUGUAUAUAGACCGAAUAAUGAUCAUCCCUUCAUUGGGCUGGGUGAUAAUCUGACGUCCGGUACGAAAUACGAACUAUGGAAAGGUAAUCAAGUACUUGUUCAGACGGAAGAACAAGCCUCUCAAGAAGAAGGAGAAGCGUUGAUACUUUUCGUACCCACCACUAAGGAAGGCGAAAUAGAAGCUAGAUGGCAAAUGUUGGCUUGUAGGGAAGAUUGGCUUAGACCGUAUACUCCCUCUGAGACUGAGAAGAACAAGAUCGCAGAGAUCGUCACUAAAAACGAGGGGACUAGACACCCUAUUUCACUUACCCAAGAGGGUCUACCAAGUUGGACCACGAAUGAAAGUGUUCUGGGCGCAACGGUAUUACCUUCUAUGACGGUCCUGGUCCCUUCAAUUGGUCAAGCACCUAUAUCCCACCUGGGAUUGAAAUCGUAUUUACUAGUAUUGGAUGGUCGUGAUAUCUCGGUUGAUCGACCUGAACAAGUUUAUAAAGGUGAUAUCGUAUCGUAUGUGGAAGAUCAAUUUCAUCUUGAAAAUCCCCAACCCAUCGUGAUCACCUCAGGGGACGACCAUUCAGUCUUAAGCACGACUUCAAAAUCACCAGGUCGACCACCUAGUAGUUUCAGAUUUUCCACAGGAUUGAAAAGUGCAUGGAUAAAACUUAAUCCCAAGCGAGGCUAG